AUGUAUAUAAGAGAAUUCAUAUGUUCUAUUGUUCCACUUGCAGCAAAAAAGGGAGGUUCAGUUAACUCAAAAACAUUGAUCAUAAUCAUAGUGAGUGUAUUGGUGGCACUAGUUUUACUAUGUUGCUCUAUCUACUACUUUUGGAGGAAGAAUCUGUCAAAUAAAGAUGGAUUGGUAUCAGUGAAAAGCCCUGCAUCUUUCCAUGGCAAUGUUCAAAGAGAGGAAGCACUGAAUGCAGACCUUCCUACAAUCCCUUUAAUCUGGAUUCAACAGAGCACUAAUAACUUUUCAGCGAUUUCUAAAUUAGGAGAAGGUGGAUUUGGUCCAGUUUACAAGGGUAAUUUAGAAGAUGGAACAGAAAUUGCUGUCAAAAGACUCUCUAAAACAUCUGGUCAAGGUUUGGAGGAGUUCAAGAAUGAAGUCAUCUUCAUAGCCAAACUGCAACAUAGGAACCUUGUGAGACUCUUGGGGUGCUGCAUUGAGGAAAAUGAAAAGCUGCUUGUGUAUGAGUACAUGCCAAAUUCUGGCCUUGACUCUCACCUGUUCAACUUUGGAUUGGCAAGAACAUUUGCAAAAGGCCAGAGUCAUGAAAAUACAAACAGAGUUAUGGGCACCUAUGGAUACAUGGCUCCAGAAUAUGCCAUGGAAGGACUGUAUUCAGUAAAAUCUGAUGUCUUCAGCUUUGGAGUUCUUCUAUUAGAAAUCAUGUGUGGGAAAAAGAAUAGUGGAUUCCAUCUUUCAGAACAUGGUCAAAGUCUUUUGGUUUAUUGUUGGAGACUUUGGUGUGAAGGAAAAGGCUUGGAACUGUUAGAUCCAAUGCUGGAAAAGACAUACAAAGCCAGUGAAAUUAUGAAAUGCAUACACAUAGGUUUGCUGUGUGUUCAAGAAGAUGCAGCUGAUAGACCAACCAUGUCCACAGUUGUUGUCAUGCUAGCAAGUGACACAGUGACCCUUCCCCAUCCUAAUUAUCCUGCAUUUUCAGUUGGAAGAAAGAUCAAAGAAGAUGAAUCAACAUCAAAAGGAUCCCAGGAUCCUUCUGUUAAUUAUGUACCAAUGUUGACCAAGAAUCAAGAUUAUCCUUUAAACCCUCACCUUUUGCGACUGAUUUUUCAAUGUGACAAAUUUCUAUUCUACUUGCCCAACCCCACCUACGCGCUUCCUGAUAGAAACGAAGCUGUUUAA